CUCGUUGCGUUCAUACGGGUCUCUCUGUUUUUGCCUUCUCUCCUAACGCACCGGCAAGACUGCCUCAGUCAAGACUUUCGCCGUCUUGAAGAAGCAAAGUCGCCUCUCAACGCAAAAGCGGAAAAGGCACCCGUAUCCGGCGCCCUUUUCUUUUUUCCUGCGUCUGGAGGGGAACAUUUCCAUCAAACUUUUUUACACUCGAUCACUCUCCCGCCCCUUUCGCGGAGAGAUUGCUUCACUGAGCUCCGUCGGGAUGUCUGAACAGCCGCGGGGGUCGCGGACUCGCGAAAUCUCAACUGCAGCCUUCCAGGUUCAUUCUGGAGGUUCUGAGGUAGCUCCGCGAGCCGAGAGCGGUGCAGGCGUUGAGAAAAUUGCCAAAAGAGGGAGAAGGUGACGGCGGAAAAUGCGAUUGCCUGCGCCGUAAGGUUGGAAAGACUCCCACAAUGGGGUGAAGAAAACCUUGCUGCUGCUGUCCGGUCGGCUCGGCUCUCUCUCUCUCUCCUCCGUUUUCCUUUCUGCGCCUUCCUUACCGUCUCUUCCUGUGCUGGCACACCAUCGUCUUCUCUUCGGCUUUCUCUCUCUUCCAGUGUGGAUCUCCUCUCUUCGUCAGCCUGGCUUCUUCUCUCUUUCUCUCAGGUCGUCGCUCCCUUUCUCGUUCGUUUUCGGUCUUCUCCCUCCUCACUCGAGCUGGACAUUGUUUUUCUUCUUGGCUGUGCUCCUUCGCGCGACAGCGCACUGCCUAUGAGCAGGCAGGCAGCAGAAAACAAGAGGGAACCGAGGAGACACUCUGGAAGGAGAAAGAGAGAGGGGAACCGUUACUCUGAAAUGGAAACGGGGAGGGCAAACGGGUGCGAGUUCGAAGAAAAGGACCGCGUUUCCGAAUCCAGAGAAGGCAUUUUUAUGAACAGACCUUCUCGCAGCUCUCGGAAUCUGACGCAGACUUGCGCGUCUCUCUAGAUGCGCUCAGGUUUGUGUAAAUUUCAAAAACUCGGACAUCAAGAACUACCUGGUCUCUUCUCGCUUCAUGGGCGAUUCCACGGAAAGCCUUCCACCGUUCGGGGGGAGAGGCUUGCGGCCAACGGCCUAACUUUGCUUCUCUCUUCAAACAGGAGAAGUCGACUUCUCGUCCUCUCUUAACGAUGACAGGACUGGACCUCGAGUUCGAUCCUCAAAAAGUCCUUGCUUAAAGCCGCACAGCAUGGCAGACACAGGGUCCUCUUCCUCCCGCCUCGGUGUGGGGUCGGAGAAGGCCGCUGCGGGUAGGCCAUCCGAUCCGUUCCGCGCUCUGCAGAGUCUCCUGCGCUCCUCCUCGCAGCCGGCUUCGUCGGCCGGCGCGGCUUACUACUCGCAGCCGCUCUCGUCUGCGCCUCCAGGUUUUUCUCCGGCGCCCGUAGCUUCUUCCGCGCGCUCGUUCUUCUCUUCGCAGCCUGCCGCGCUCGCUUGCGUCGCCUGCGGCGCCGGAAGCGAGGCGCUGCGUCUGGACGACAGCGGGAACUUCGUUUGUGGAUCGUGUGGGGUGGAGCACCGCGGAGUACGUACACUCGAGCGCGACGAGCAAGACGUCUGUUUGGACUUUUUCGGCAUUUCCGGCGAGGAGGCCUCUGCGCCGUCUGCGUUUCGCUGCGUUCGCGCCUCGGCGGGUGGAGGCGGCGUUGGCGACGCGGUUCGCGCGCUCGCGGAGAGCCAGCGGGCGUUGGCGACAGCUCCAGAGAGCGAGGAAGGGGAGGCGGCGCUCUCGACGGCUGUUCUGCCUCUUCGUUCCUCCCGUGAAGAGCAGGAGGCCCAGACGCAGGCGCAGCUGACAGCAGUGGCUGAGGGAUGUGUGACUCUCUCGGCCGACGCCGCGGCGCUCGCAGAUGCAGAGCAGUCGCUCCUGCUCCAGCGGGCGAAGCGCGGAGGAGAGAGAGGCAAGUCCGCGAACCAUGUCGAGCCGCUCUUCGCACUCUGUCUGCAGGAAGCAAAGGGACAGUUCGGCGCGCUCGGAGACGGCGGCGGCAUUUCUGGAAAAGGGCACAGUGUAGGAUGCGAGCGCGAGGAGCUGCUUCUCCAGGCUUGGCAGACGCUUCUUCUCUGUUGCUGCAGGAAACUCGAGAGACUCCAGCUUCCGGCAGGACUGAUCGAGUGCGAAGCGAGGAAGGUUUGGUCGCAGUACUUGCACUUCGUCUCGUCGAACCGCCUCCCCGUCAGCGCCUUCUUCUGCAACGCCUCUAAGCGUUCCUUCAAAAUUCCAUUUUAUCGAUGCGUCUCCUCUUCGGCAUCUGAGCGACGUCGAGCGCAAGAGAAGCAGAGCGAGCUCCUUCAGCACCCUAGCCUGCCCCGCGCUGUGAAGGCUGUGGUUGCGCUCAUGGGUCUGGACCGCCCGGCUUAUAUUCGGAGAGUCGCGCCUUUCUACCGCGGACAAUUCUUCAAUCGAUCCCGGAAAUUCUUUUCGCUGGUGCUGCCUUCACCGCAGCAGUGUCGUCUCGUCGGGGAGGCUCUGCGAGCAGAGACCGCUCGGGGGAAACGACCCAGAACGACGCAGAGUGAAGAAGAAAGGGAAGGAGACAGAGAAGAAGGACGAAACGAGACCCUCAGUCUCCCUCAGCAAAGGCAACUUCGAUACGUUGCUGAGGGAGGCGAAGCCGGCGUCGUUUCGCCUUCGAGUCCAGAUGGCCGCGAGGUUCCAGUGUUUUCAAACGAAAGCCAACAGCGUUCUUCUCGUGAUCUGCGAGAAAGGAGAAGAUCCCCAUCUUCCGAAGAUAACCAAGAGGGCACUGGCGAGAGUUCUCACUCGCCACACUCCGCUUCGCCUUCGCUGUCUCCGAUGUCGGUUCGCGGGCACAAACCGUGCAAUUCACUUGUCUCGGCUUGCCUCGCUCUGCCUCCUCCCCCCCCUGUUUCCUCUCUUCCAUCGUCAGACGCAAUGGAACUCGCUGCAGCUUCUGCUGCCUUUUCCUCGGCCUCCUCCUUGUUUUCUUCUUCUCACGACUCGUCUCGCGCCUCGUUCAUGUCCGGCUCGGAGCGCGUCUCCUUCGCGCCCUUGUCGCUCUACCGCCUCCCGCUGCCUCGGCCCCGACGUCAGGAGACGCUGGCGGAUGCGUCGCAUGCAGCGGAGGAGACGAAGUUCGACGGCGAAGGCGCGCCUUUUGCGCUGAAGAAGAAAGCCGCGAAGACGCGAAAACUUGCAGACAAAGGCUGGGCGGGCGGCGCGUGGACGCCAGGUGUCUGUACUCCCGGACCGGCGCCUGCGGGAGGACCUGAGUGGGGGGAAAGCGUCGAGUCGCGACUCUCCGGAGACGAUGCGGAAGGAGAGAGAGGCUGCCGGGACCUGCGGAGACGGCAGAAACGCCACAGGCAGCGGCGAGAUGGAGAGCCUGCUUCGUCGCUGAGUCUCGCGACUGCUGAACGCUCUUUUCUCUCCGAGUUCGUCGACAACAGGACCGAACUGCUCACUUUCAACCGCCUCGCCGGCCGCAGAUACGGCAAGCAACUCGACAUCAGUGUGAAGGAUCCUUCACUGGCGCGCGCCGCAGGAAGGCGCAAGACUGUGAACAUGAAGAACAACGCGGCGCCGCUCUCCUCGCUUCUCCCGAACAAAGAAGCCUUCGGCGUUCAGGACGACGAGGGUGACCCAGACGUCGCGGCGCUGCCGCUCUGGAUUCUCCAGCUCAUGAGUGCCGCUCGCAGCCUCGUCGAACACCCGGGAGAGUGCCAUGGAAUUCGAGAUGGAAAUCAAGGCAUGAAGAGUGAAAAGCAAAUCGCCUGCUUGAUCGACGCGAUCUACGAACAUGACUUUCUCGCUCUUCUCUUCCGCUACCUCGUCCAUGAAGGACAGCACGAGCUUGCCCAGGCUGAGACCGGCGGUGCCCGCGAGCCUCUGCCAGCGCCGCCGACUGCCCUCGCCCUCCCGGGUGUAUGUACACCGCAGCCGGAACCGGCAAGUGGAGAUCCUGUCGUUUUGCCGGGUGCGACAGAGGCGGCGGGAGAGAAGACAAUCGCUGAGGCGAGAGGGUGCAGACGAGCAAGCGAAGAGUCGACGAACGCGCCAGACGCAGUCGGCUCUCUAUGCAGCCACAGAACGAAGCGCAGGAGUUUCUGGACGCGCGUCCGUCGAGCGGCGUUUCUCGCCGUCUCUGCCGGGCCGCGUUCGGCUUGCACCUCUCUGCUGCAGGCCUCUUCCUCGUCAGCUCUCUUUCGCAAGUAUUUGUCUCUGCCGUUUUCUCGCGCUCUUCUUCUGUGGGCUGCUGCGGUGUCGAACGACGCAGAGCGACGACAGAGGGAGAAAGCGGAGGCGGCCGUCCACGCCUCGCAAAAGAGACGAAGAACGCAGAAGGAAGAAAACACAACGUUCGCAGACUCGAACGAUCUGGAGUCGGUGGCGACGCAAGCGCUCGUUCCUGCGGUCCCGGAUCGUCUCUCUCUCGGAUCUUCCCUCUUUCCUGACUGUUCCUCCCUGAGCAGCGAUCCGUUCUUCCUUCUGCAUGCUUUUCGCAUGCGCGAAGCGUCUGCCGGUUCGCGUUCGCAGGAUCUGGCUGAGGUUUUUCAGACGGUGGAGAAGUCGCAGAGGACAGGAAAGGCCCACUCUUGUCUUGCUUCCUCGAAGCCGACUUCCAGCUCUUCACUCCGCCUCCCUCGCCUUCCUGACUCGGAAGACAAAGGAGACAGAGGGGGAGCCAGUGGCGAGUCUGUUGCACUGACGGCGGAUCAAGCUGCGAUUCUCGCUCUCGGACCCUGUCUCCCAGUCGAGACUUCGAACGCGUCGUCGACAGAGUGGAACUCUGUCCACUCUGCGGCUUCUUCGAUUUCCUCGUUCUCUUCUUCCCGGUCUUCCUUGCCUUCGUCGUCUUCAGCCGUCGCUUCGCUUCCAGGUAGAAGUCGCGCGAAAGCGAGAAGCACAGGAGAAGAGAAGCGAAGGCAGGAGAUCCCGCCACUCGCCUCCUUCGUCCUUCUCCCUCCCUGGCUGACUGUCGUCUCCUCGGCGCAGCUCGUGAAGCUUCUGAGGCACCGCCGCCUGGAACGCAGCGGAGGGGCAGGCGAGGACGCGGAAGCGAAAGGAAGGGACGGCGCAGACAAGCAAGCGCAAACAGAGAAGAGAAAGAGCAGGCAGAAAUCGGGAGGCAUCAGAGAGCAGAUGGAGGAAGAGGCCGCGAAACUGGAGAAGUGCCUCCUGCAGGCUCGCGUCGCCGGUGGACGGGUCGACACAGCGGCGGGAGGAGACAGAACGGGACCGACGGCGGAGAGGAACGGAGAAAAAGGAAAAGUCGAAACCGCGAGACACAGUCAAGCUCUCCACCCCGAGAGGCGCCUGCGAGCGCUGCGAACUGUCGCCGUCCGAGCAGCCUUUUCGCUUCUCGCGCAACACCUAGAAAGUGAAGACCAAGAGACAGAAAAGCCGCAAAACGCAACUGCCGCAGCCUCUCCCCAGGCACUCUGUCCGUCUCCUUCUGCUUCUUCGUCUUCGUCGUCUCCUGCUUCUUCUUCGUCUUCGUCGUCUCCUGCUUCUUCUUCGUCUUCUUCCUCGCUCGCUCUCUGUGGGUCUGUCUUGUCGUCGGGAGAGGUGGACGAAGGAGCAGGAAGGGGAGAAACGGUGUCGAAGGAGCUCGUUUCUGCGAGAGCUUCGUCGAGAAGAGACAGUGGGGAAGUUUCGACCGCAGAAAGCCUUCUUCUCUCUUCGCGUCUCUUCGACCCAUGGUUGCCCGACGAACUUCCGCCGAUCGACUUUUCUCUACUCCUCGCCAUUCUCUGGAUUGCGCUUCUCAACUGUCGCCUCGCGGUCACGGCGAGGGAUGUUCUUUGUCUCCUCCUCACGGACGCCCUGCCUCUGCUGUCUCUGCCCAGGCACCUUCCGCCUGCGCUCUUCGCCUCCUGCGGCGUCUACGGCUCCUUUCCUCUGCAUCCUUCGCACCGACUCUCGAGUUUCGCGUCCGCUUUCCAGAUUUCUCGCUUUCCAUCUGCCGCCCUCAUCCACCGCGCCGCCGCCUUCCUCGUCCACUCAGUCGGCGUGUACAUACACCCCGCGCCGGCCCGCGCGCUGCUCCCCCGCCUCGCGCAUGCAGUUUUCGCUCGCGGAGGCUCUCCAGGCGCCGCGCCGCUCGUUGCCCUCCUUGCCCUCCGUCUCCUUGACUGGCUGGAGGCGGAGGAGGCGGCGCAUGCACGGUGGCGAGCGAGGAGGCGACGAAGGCUCGCGAAAAGAAACAGAGAAGGAAAGACGAAAAGGUCGACCGGUAUCGGGUCCGGCAGAGCGACGGGAGCUGAUGAAGGGGACGCUGCGACGGCCGAUGCUACGCAGAGAAAGCGCCGAACACCCGAGACCGCAACCACACACUCCAAGUUCACUUGCUCUUCUUCCUCUUCUCGCUUCUCUUCUGUUUCGUCUCCAACUUUGUCGCCUUCUCUGACAUCUGAUUCGUCGUCGUUCGCAUCUGCGGAAGAGGACUCGCGGUCGCGUUUCGCGUUGGAUGAGAGUGAAGCUUCGACGUUCUCGACAAGUGACUCCGAGGGUGGAGACAUGAGCGAAGCAGACCUGAAAGGACGACGCCAAGUACUUCGCGCUGCGAGUCUCGCGACCUCGGGCGUCUCUGCAGCUUCGAGGUCGAUGGCUGCGGUCCUCGGCGCCUUCUGUUUCAAGAAAUUCCCUGCACCCGUCGCUGUCGGCGCAGCUGUACUGAUCGCGGCGCGUCUCCUGUGGCCGAUAUGCUGCUCCCAGCCUCAUUUGUCCUUCCCUCCCGAGCUCACGUCCUCUUCGUCUUCUUCUCCUCGCUCUCCGUCCACAUGUGCGUCUUCCUCGCCUCAGUCUUCUUCUCACGGUGCUCCUCCGCAGUCUUCGUCUCUUCGACGUUCCUCGGUGUUUUCUGCGUCUUCUUUGCUUCCGUCGCCUGCGUCGUCUCCGUCUCUGUCGACUGGCGCCUGCGCCGCGAGUGCGACGAGGGGAGAAUCUCGGUGUGACAUGGCUGAGAGCGGAGCGACAGCCGAGACCGACGAAGAAGACGCUGCAGAAGUUCACCUGGUCUGCUUCGCUCUCUCGGGGGCUUCGCUGCGCUUUGACUCGACGCGCGACGCCUGGGUGGCGCACCUCUGGGGAGAGCGGAGGCGGUCCACGGCGCCUGGGCAGGAAGGGGGCGUUGCGGAGGCAGACAGAGAGAAGGGAGCCCCGGAGAAGGCCGAUCCAGCAGAGGGAGACGCAGAGAAGGAAGGUGACGAGAAUGGACCUGGUGCAGACGACGGGGGCGGAGAAGAGCAGCAAGACGGCAACGGAGAAGACGCCAGGAGAGAGGGAAAUCGAUGCGCGAGAACAGAGACCGACGCAGCGAGUGAGGCAGAAGAAAAAGAGCAGAAGGGAUGCUGGAUCUGGCGUACAGCAGCAGGGGAGAUGGAUCUGCUUCCUUUGGUGCCGAUCUCCGUUCGAGCUCGACUCCUUCGUCACAUUUCCUCUGGGGCAGAACGAACGAACCAGCGACAAAGAGGAGCUUCAAACUGCGAAACGAACAAGGCAAAACACUAUCUGCUGAUUUCCUUCGAUGUCCCCACUGCGGCCGUUGGAUGGCGCCGCUCAGGUCGAGCAGCCUUCGGUCUUCUUAUCCAGCUUAUGGACAUAUUCUGCUGUCUCUUCGCCUGUCUCCUCUCUGCCUUUUAUCCUCCUUCCUCUUCUUCUCCGUCUUCUUCUCCUUCGUCUUCUUCUCCUUCGUCUUCUUCUCCUGUUUCGUCGCCAGAUGAGGCGCUCGAACGCUUCUUGGCCUUUCGGCUUGCCGAAGGGCAGAGAAGCGCCUUAGGCGCGCCAGCUCGGUGUCCUCAUCAUUCUGCCUCGUUCUCUCAUCCUUCUUCUCCAUCUAGUUCAUCUUCAUCAUCGUCUUCGUCUCGAGCUGGGUGCUCACCUGCUUCGUCGCCCUUGGUGUCUGCGUUGCCACUGGCUUUUCUGCGCAGCCUUGUGGAUGCUCAGACGCCGGUGGACUGUGAGUCUGGACUCUCAGGUUUGCGGUCUCUCUGCGCAUGCUGGCGUCUCUCUCACCCGUCCACCCCCGCCUCGUCUGUCUCUGAAACGGCGUCUCCUUCAGCGCCUCCGUAUGUUUCUGCUUCAUUUUCUGCGUCUUCGAAUUCUCCGUCUUCUUCGCGCUCUUCGUCUCGUUUGGGCGCCCUCUUUCCUGGACUCGAGAAAGCGGGGAUUUGGUGUGCAUCUGAGCUGGAGGACCUGUCUCUGUUCUUCGGCUUGAUGGAGCGCGACGCGCUGCGCUCCUUCGCGUUUGAGGCGCCGUUCGCUCUUCCGGUCUCCUCUCUGUCGUCCCCGGCAGUGCUGCCCAGAGAGGGUGAGCGACCGCCUGGCGACGAAGGCGGAGAGACGUCCGAGGAAGAACGCUUCGUAUUCAGAGGAGACGUCGCUUCCGCGAAGAACGCGAAGAAGUCAAACCGCUGCGGUCGCGCGCCUCCUCCAGCAACGGACGGACUGGUGGAGACGAAGCGUCUCCUGUGGCAGAGACUGUUGGGUUUGUUGCAUCGAGAGAUGGUUUUUGAGCGCGCGUUUUUGUCUCAAAUGCCAACAAAUUUCCAGUUGUUUUCUGGGUUGCGGAUCUCUGCGUCGCUGCCCGCUGCACCACUCGACGCGCGAGGAACUGUCGCUGCCUGCUCAGCCUCCCCGCUCUCGUCUUUCCUUUCUCCGUCUCUCUCGCACAUUCUUCAGCUUCAUCCCUUCCUGGAUUUGAGUGGGCGAAGCAGACGGCAGUUGCACAGACGCCUGAAAAAGUUCCUUCUGAAUCGACCGAGAUUUCGAACCGCCGACGCUGCCACCACGGCCUCGCUGACGAGGAGGAACGACCUCUCUGCAAGUUCAGACGAAACUGAAAACGAAACUGAAGACGAACGAGGAGACGAAAGUGAAGACGAACGAGAAGACGAACGAGGAGACGGAAGAGGAGAUGGAAGAGGAGGGGAAGCUGAAGAGGGAGGAGUGUGGCGUCGUUGUGAGUCGUCGUCCAGGAGAAGCCUCGGAGGAGACAAGCGCACGGAGUCCCUGUCUGACGGCGAAGAGAGGACGAGGAAACAGACAAGAGGAAGAAGAGAAGGACGAGACAGAGGAUCCAGGGGAUCCAGGGGAGAGAGAAGAGGAUUUGGCGACGGAGGAGAGAAUUCGAGUCUGCCUUUCGCUUCGCUUGCGGAGGCUCUCGAGGAUGCGGCGGGAGAGGCUGCAUGCGCCGUCCACGCGGCAGUUCAAGAGGCUGCAGAGGAGAGAGAACAGAGGGCGGAGAGAAGGCAGGAAAGCGGACACCGCGGCGACUGCUCGCGAGAAAAGAGAGACAAGUCGCGAGAAAAGAGAGACAAGUCGCGAGAAAAGAGAGACAAGUCUCGAGAAAAGAAGAAAUGUGUGAAACGCUCACGAGCAGGUCAGGCGGCCGACACACUCCAGCCGCUUCCCUUUCUUCCUGUCGCACCUGCGUCUCCUUUUCCUUUUUCGAGUUCUUCAUCGAACCGAGAGGAGACCUGGCAGUGGAUAGGAGAUCCUCUUGUCCACGUACAAGAAGUGAAGUCCAGUCUCUCCUCCUCCAAGUUUUCUCUCUCUUCUUUCUCUUCUUCUUCAGUGGCUGAACUCUUGGCUGUGCGGUUCCUCGCCCUCGCUGGUGCCCAGCUGCCGCCUGAAUAUCUUGCAGUUCCCUUUCCUUUUUCGAUCCGUGAUUCGACUUCCUCUUCUUCUUUCGCGUCCUCUUCUUCUUUCGCGUCGGGUACGGGAGAAGGCGCUCGUUCACUGACAAGUGACGAGCCGCGCCCAGGCAGCAGAGAGAGCCGGCCUGCUCGCAGCGAAGGGGGAGGGGAGAGAGAGCAGGACGAUGUCUCCCGAGAGAUCUUUGUGCAGCAAGAAAAGCAAGGAAGUCCAAAGUUCCUGGUUCCCCAGUUCUUCCUCGAAGAAGGCUUGCUCACUGGCGGUGCGCGACGUCUGCCACCCGCCCUCGACGGCCGAGCGAUACAGGACGGAUACUUGCCUGUUACUUAUCUCAUGCUCCUUUACAAAGUUGCUGCGUUUCUCGGCGUCCAUCCAAAUGAAAUACACAAGUGUGCGUUCACGGUGGAAAGGCGGCUGGUCCUGCGGACGUACGAGGCAGACAGGAAGGCGAAGGGGGCGGCGAAGGUCAUGCAGCGACGCAGAAAUGCCGAAAAGGCGAGAGAGAAACUCGCGGAAGAAAGCGCGCGGGUGAAGCUGAGGAAGAAAACGAGCGAAGACCUGCAGUACCACAAAGGCAGGCUCUCCAUGGGUGGGUCCUGGGGACAGCAACUCCAGAAACAGUUUGCCCGAGAGGAGGCGAGGAGACUCAAGAGAGAAGCGCAGAUGAACAGAGAGACAUGUUUGCACAUCGAGGACGCAGCAGAGAACGCAGCAGCGCCAGAGCAGAACAGAGACGAGAGAGAGGAGGAAACAAACAGGGUGGAGACGCAGAAAGAGAGGAAGAAGCAGAAGAAGGAGAAAAAGAAGGAGAAAAAGAAGGAGAAAAAGAAGCAGAAGAAGCAAGAGAGGAAGAGAGAGAAGGAGAGCGCGACACAGAAGGAAGAGACGAGGAGGGAGGACGGAGAGGAAACAGAGGUCGAGGGGGAAGACGAAAUACCUGCAGACGUCGAUUUGGAGGAGGCCAAGAACGUCAGCAGAGAGGAGGGUGCCGAAGAAGCAAAGGAGGUCACAGCGCGGCGCAGAGAAGCAGAAGAAGAGAGUGAAGAGUCGAGGGAGACAAAAAGCCAGAAGAAUGGAAAGGGAUGCGACAAGGAAGCGGAAACCGAGACGAAGAGUGUAGAGGCACAGAGUCUCGCGGAGAACGCGAAUGGAAUAGAGGAAGACGAAGCAUGCGCAUGCGUCGAGCGAAGAGUAGAAGCGCAACAGCUGCAGAGGGAACCUGACGCGGAACAGUCAUCGGGAAGCAACCUGACACCCAGGCAUGCGAAGAGAUCCGAGAAGCAGAAAAGGAAGAAAGGAGAGACGGACAAGGAAGGAGAGACCGAAAAGAGGAGAAAGCGCAACCGCCUGUCAGAGACAGAGACGAGAGACGUCGACCUGGGAGAAGGCUUGCAUGCAGACACCGCAGAAAGCGAGGAGACCGGCUCCGACUAGGACGACGCGAAACUGGAGAAAGAGAGACAGAGAGAGACAGAGAAGAGAGAGGAAAAGACAGAAGGAAAUGGAUAAGAGAGAAAGAGAUAGGACGGUACAAGGGGAAGGUCCAAAGAUGAGGAAUCUGAGAAACAUGGUGCUGAGUAUGAAGCAAGGAAAGGAAAUGAGAGAAGGGAGGUACGAAAAGCAGAAAGACAACGGUGACUCUGACAGAGCACAGGGAAAACGAAUGUUUGCCAAGGAAAGCUUUUCGUAAAAUCCGAGGACGGGGAACCAGGUUUCACUCGAACAACGACAGAGAGGGCUCUUCGGUAGUCAAGACGAGGACAAGUGGAAUUCGCUUUCGGUUCUGAAGAUCGUUGUCUUCUUCUAAACAUGUCUUGCUGUAGAUAGAAAUGGACGGUAAUUGGUUUCCUUUUUUCCGCGAAAAGUAAAGGCUUUCAUGAGGCGGUGGUCUUUAGAAAACUUUGAAACCAAAAGAGCUGCGAAAACGUUGUCUGGUGUCGAAGCACACGCUGCCGAUCUUUUCAAUUUUUGUCAAUUCAAAAUGAUGAUGUCAUGUGAAUUGAACGAACAAAAACAGUGGCCGUGCGAACAUUCAUAAUUGGAAUGAAGUCAGU